CCUAAAAAGAAAUCACAAAAAAAUCGCUGGCUUCUUUUCUUCUUUAUUUUUUUCGCGCACUAAAGGUAAAAACUGGAAAGCUUAAAAGUUGUGGUUCCCUCUAUUUCUUCGAUUUCUCUCUCCUGGUUUCUUCGAUUUCUUCCUCUUUUUUUUUCUUUUUUCUCCUUUGUCGCUAUCUCCUUUAUUCUCGUUCCUGAACUCCCCCUUUCUAUGAUCCUGGAUAUUGCAAAAUCCAAAGGAAAACCCUUUUGUUGCUUUGUAAAAUCGAAGGGAAGAUAAGUCGAAACAUAUCUCUUUCUUUGAUUGAAGGUACGAAUUAAAUCCUUUUUCAAAAUAUUUUUUAGCCUCUGUUUUUUGUAUUCAUUUUGCGAGUUUUUCUUAAAUAUAUUGUAUUCAUUUUGGGAAUCUUUCUUGUUAAUAAGAAAAUGAAAAAAGGUGAAUUGCUCAAAGAUGUUUCAAUGAGAUUUGUGUUUGAAUUCUUUUGUUUCAUAGGAUUAAAUCAUAGACGUAUUGAUUGUAUCUAAUUGAUGUCUAUAAGAAGCUUUGGCACCUUUAACAUAAGGCUUGGUAUUGAGUUUAGUUUAUGCUCUCCACCAUUAUUUUUGCCAUGUUCUACAUAUAUUACAAGUUUAUACCUACUUGAAUUUAUGGGGAAAAAGUUAUAUACAACAAUUUGAAAAAAAAAAAAAAAAAAAAUUAUUGAACUUCCACUAGUAAGUAUGCUAUUCUUUGUUUUUAAGGAAAAAAAAAAAAAUUUAAUUCCCUUUUUAUAGUUUUUGGACUUUCAAUAUUUACAUAUUAACGUUUUAAUUUUAUUUUUAUUCGUUUCACUCUCAACUUACUUUGUCAUUUGACAGAUAGAAGAUGUCUUGCAAUGAGGAAAGUGGUAAUAAUGUGAAUGAACAAGAUUUGAAAAUUUCAUUAGUUGAGGAUGAAGUAGAAAAUCCCAAGGUAGGUAUGAUCUUUGAGUCUGAGGAAGAAGUUCGUAAUUACUACAUAAAUUAUGCGAAACAUUUGGGUUUUGGUGUCUCAAAAAUAAGUACAAAAAAUAGAAGUGAUGGAAAGUCAAGUUACUUUUCACUUGCCUGUGCUAGAUAUGGCAAAGCAAUAUCAAAGGCAAAAAACUCUUUUCAUCCAAGGCCUUCAACCAAGACAAAUUGUAAGGCUAAAAUCAAUGUUACAACUAAAGAUGAUGGAAGGUUCAUUAUCCCUCGUGUCUGUCUUGAUCAUAAUCAUGUACUAAGUCCGGGAAAGGUUCAACACUUUAGAUGUAACAAAGUAAUAGAUUCACAUGUCAGAAAAAGAUUGGAAUUGAAUGAUUUAGCCGGUAUAACACUAAAUAAAUACUAUCAUUCACUUGUUGUUGAAGCUGGUGGGUAUGAAUAUUUACCAUUUGGUGAGAGAGAAUGCAGAAACUACAUUGCAAAAGCAAGACAGUUAAGGCUUGGCAUUGGAGAUGCUGAAGCCCUUCGUAAUUAUUUUUAUCGCAUGCAAAAUAGGAAUCCAAAUUUUUUUUACAUGAUUGAUAUGGAUGAAGAAGGACGUUUAAGGAAUGUUUUCUGGGCUGAUGCUAGAUGUAGGGCUGCAUAUGAGUCUUUCGGGGAUGUUAUCACAUUUGACACUACUUACUUGACAAAUAAAUAUGACAUACCUUUUGCUCCGUUUGUUGGGGUGAAUCAUCAUGGGCAAUCUGUGUUGUUUAGUUGUGGCUUGCUAUCUAAUGAAGAUAUUGAAACUUAUAUUUGGUUGUUUGAGUCAUGGUUGACGUGUAUGUUAAGGCGUGCUCUAAAAGCUAUUAUCACAUACCAGUGCAAAGCUAUUCAAGCAGCAGUUAGAAAGGUGUUUCCAGAGUCUUGUUAUCGAUUAUGCGUCUGGCAUAUAAUGCAAAAGCUUCAUAUGAAGUUAGGUGGACUUGGCCAAUAUAAAGCAAUCAAGUGGAGCUUACAAAAUACUGUGUAUGAAUCUCUGACAUAUGAUGAGUUUGAAAGAAAAUGGAUGGAAUUGAUUAAAGAGUAUAAUCUUGAGAACAAUGAAUGGUUGAAUUCAUUAUAUAAAGAUCGUCAUCGUUGGGUUCCCGUAUAUGUGAAAUGCUCUUUUUGGGCUGGAAUGUCAACUAUCCAACGAAGUGAAAGUAUGAACGCAUUCUUUGAUGGGUAUGUUCACUUAAAAACUACCUUGAAGCAAUUUGUUGAACAGUAUGAUAGUGCCUUAAAAAGUAAAAUUGAAAAAGAAAACAAAGCAGAUUUUUCUUCCUUCACUUCUACCAUUCCAAAGAUAACUCUUUUCUCCAUUGAGAAACAAUUCCAGGAUGUUUACAUCCACAAUAUAUUCAAAGAUUUUCAAGAGCAGAUGAGGGGAUUGAUGUACUGUAACACAUCUAUUAUUAAGAGAGAAGGGUCAGUUUCUACUUUUGAAGUCAAAGAUCAUAAAGCUGGAAAAGAUGGCGGAUUUUUGAAAGAGGUAACUUGUGAGGUUUUCUACAAUGCAGCUGAAGGUGAACUGAGAUGUUUGUGCCAUUUGUUUGAGUUUAAAGGGAUUUUAUGUAGCCAUAUAAUCUCUGUGAUGAUACAAGAAAAGGUAAAUGAGGUUCCAUCUAAUUAUAUACUAGACCGUUGGCGGAAGGACAUUAAGCGUGGGUAUACUUUUGUGAAAAAUAUCUAUGAUGAUUUUAGUAAUAGUGAACAAAGGCUGCAAAAAAAUAAUUUGAUUCCAUUGUUAUACGAAUUGCAAGAGUUUGGAGCAGAGUCAGGUGAAAAAUAUGAGCUUCUAGGAGAUAAAGGAAAAACUCACCACCAUUGACUCAGAUUGCCAAAAUGGUCAAAUAGGUGAGUCUAGCAGUAUGUUUCAUGAACUACCAGAUUGCAGAAAGAAAUUGCUUACUCCAUUAAAAGCACAAACUAAAGGUCGCCCACCUUCAAAGAGGAAGGUAUCUAUUGUUGAGAAACUAGUUGAAAAACGAAAGAAGGUCGCUCGAGGAAAGCCAAAAGAUCAACCUGAUCAAAGCAAGUCACAAGUACCAAGAAGAAGAAAGGUAGUAAUUUAAAUUUACAAAAGUAACUGAAAAGAAAUCUAAAGUUCCAAGUGCAAACUUUGUAUUUUAUUUGUAGUUGUCUAUCUUUUGUAUUGCAGCUGUUUGCUAUAGUUUUCUUUUGUUGGUCUGUACUCUUUUAAGUGUAGGUUUUGUCAUUUGGUUUUGGUUGUUAUUUGGCAUUUGCUUGCUGGUUUCCACUAGGGCAAUGCCAUAUUGAUGAGCAACAACAAUG